GCACUACAAAGUUCAGAAAGAUCAAAUCAGCUUGGAGACAAAGUGACGGGGAACUGUCAACCAACUCUCUGCGUUUCGGUAUACAGCUGAAAGAAUUUGUACAAUUUAAGAGUGAGGGGAGAAGAAAAGUUUAACAAAGGCUAUCUGUAGAGUUAGUUCACUUCUGUCUGAGUCACACAGUUCUGCAUUCAACAUCCAGACAAGCAUGGAGCGGGGAUUACCCUGUCGGACAUCACUCUGGGGAAAGAAGCUCUUGCUUUGGUUAUGCUCUCUCCUGGUUUGCAUUGCUGCAGCUAAAGGCGAGAUGUCCCACGCUCACUCCACACUGGGUGUUUCAGCCCCCCACCUGUACUAUACCUGUCCAGAGGGUACCACUGUCAAACUGGUGUGUAAUCACAGAGGUACCGCCGUGCACAACACGGAUAUCUUGAGGCGCGUCUGGCUUUUCACGCCCCACAGUGACCAGCACUGUACGGCACGGGUUGGCCCACGUCAUACUGAUGGUCAUUCCCACAGCAGCCACAGCUUGCCAGGGUUGCAAUUUGGAUUUGCAGAGCAGGACUUCUGGGUGGUUCUGCAGAAUGUGACCCACGCUGACCAGGGUCGCUACUGCUGUAUGAUCCAAGAUAUCCAGGUGGAUCAUAAACACGGCACCUUGAUGCAGAAACCCCACAGCCACAUUGUUCUCCAAGUUACACCACCGAGAAAUGGAUCUCAAGAGUGCACUAUCUGGGAUCCCACGCCACCUGGAGGCACUGUGCCAGUGGCCUUGGCCGUAGCAGCCUGCAUCUUGGCUCUGCUUUCUCUGCCUCUUAUCCUGGUGCUUGUGUACAAACAGAGGGAGAACGCCCAGUCGAGCAGACGUGCACAAGAGCUGGUGAGGAUGGACAGUGAGCCUCAUGGCCAUGAAAACCCCGUGUUUCUUGGGGGAUCACCACAGAUUAAGACCCGCACCGUGUCCCAGAUCAUGACAAGGCAAUCCUCAGAGACAGGACGCCACUUGUUGUCUGAGCCAGGAACCCCCCUUUCUCCUCCUGCACAUGGGGAUGUAUUCUUCCCAUUAGAAGACACCAUCCCUGAGUCUCCAGACUUCAUGCAGGUUUAAAGGGGGUUGAAACCUCAUUCAUUGUUCUCACUGCUGAUCUGGAGACAGCCCUGCAACUCUCUUCCUCUUCUCUCUGCCUCCAGAGUGAUGAUGCCCAUAUCAGCUAUCUCACAAUAACCUCUGCUGAGAUUGUCGUCUGUACAUUGUCUGGACCGCAGGAGGGAACGGACUGUGUUUUUGUUUUUUUUUUCAAUUAUUUCCACCUGCAACAACAGCUGGAGGCAAAAAGCAAAGUUUUGGUUGUGAGCACUUGUGUUGUGGAGCGGGGGCUGGGUUUGUGUGCGACAUUCCAUCAAAACGCUGACAAUAGCUUGUGGACCAAUAGAUGCCCCUUCGUUGCUUGAGAAGAACCGAUAGUGUUAAGGGUGGGGGAUCUGCCAAGUGCAGGUGUGGCACGUUUCUGUGGCUUUCACAACUACCAACUAUGGUGCAUUUACUGGUUUGGUUUUGUUCAUUUAGGCUGGUGUGCAGUCUGUAAUUCAAACCCUGGUGUGGACCAAACAACUGCACUUGCACAGCUUGGGUUUAUGUCCACAGAAAGUAAAAAAGGAGUUUAAACAUGUGUGUCCUACUCUGUGUAAUUUCGCAUUAAAAAGUAAGAACUUAGCAGCCAUACACAGCAACAAGCCCUCACUACUCUAUUACAAUACAAGACACCUUGUUUCUGUUCUGUCUCCUGCCAUUCCACCGUUAUUCAUGACAGAAGUGAUACAUUUUUUAAAUGUACUAGUUUUCCCUCUGUCAUCCCUGUAGCGCUGAUGAUGAAAGAUAACAAUCACAAAAAACUGUCCAGUAAGAGUUGUCUGUCAGUCCAUGUGGACACAAAUGGACUGUAAUUAAAACACAAGUGUACAUGUAUCUUUUUUCAGGUGUGAAAGUGACCUAAGGCUCUCUCUCAUCCCAGUCAUUGUAGUAAUGCGCUUGAAUAGCUUCAUACCAAAUGAGGCUCAAUCAUCAGAGAAGUCCUAAUAUUCUUGUACAAGUCAUUUGUUUUUAUAGCAUUAUUACACUGUUCCUCUGAAUCAUUUCCACUUGACCUCUGCUUCUUUUCUCUUCCCUCUUUGGUACCUCAGUUACUGUCAGCUCUGUCGCUCUAAAUACUCUCCUUCCUUCCUGUAUUGUCAGAAACGCAGCAUUUCACAGUGGCCUUAAAUAUAGUCACAAACUGCUGAAAAGUGCAGUAAGUAUUUUGAUAGUUAGGAUGUUUUUCAUGUACAGUUAAAUAUUGAAGAAUAAAAUCUUUAUUGAUUUUCUCCUGAAUGUAGCCUAAUAGAUUGUUAAUUAAAAGAACACCAUCAUAAAACAGUUUAACCACUGCCAUCUCAACACUGUUUUUGUGAAUCCUUUUCAGAUUUCUUUUGUUUUCAUGUACAGUACCUUGAUUUAAUUUUUGAGAUGUAUACAUUAAUGUCAUUUGUAUUUUUUGCGUGCAAUGGGAUGUUAAUAAGUAAAUAGAGUGACAGAAAAUGGGAAGUGAUUGAAAUGAUAUUGUUAGCAAUUGUGAGAAACCACUCUUGUUUAUUCAUACUGAGGUAAAACGUGUACAGCAGAAAUCAUCUCAGAGUGAUGUGUAGCAGCUGUCUAGGACAGGGUAUUAUGUAUGUAUGUUAAGAUUUGAAUACUUUUAUAAGUACCAAGAUCAAACCGAGAUCCUUUUCAAAUGUGCCUGUGUGUGUGUGUGUUUGUGUGUGUGUGUGUGUGUGUGUGUGCAUCUGGAUCUGCAUCUGUAUGUAUGUUUUGUGUUUUAGACUGUAAAAAGCUUUUAUUAGACAUAUACACAGUUUGUUCUGCGUAUUGCAUUUAAAUUGCCCCCUGUUGUAGCUUGUAUAAUAAAAUGGUGCUCUUAAACCUUAAA